UUCUCAUUUCUUUGUGUUCUCCAAAGGGGCAUAAGUAUAUAAACCGCCCUCCAGGGCGCGCUCUAUAUAUAUCCUCCCAUCCUCCUUAAAUCCUUCCUUCUUUUUCUAGGGCUCGAGCAGUGCGCCACAAAGAAAGAGGCCGCGGCGCCCCCAAAUCUCCACUCUUCCAAGGUUUGCGGCGGCGCGUAAAACCCUAGCGCUGGAUCUUGAGCUGCCGCGGCGGCGCCUGCUCGACGACCUCGCAAAUCGCAAUCCUCUCUGCGUUUCGGCGCUUGAUUUCGCCAGCGCUGGUAAUCUCUUGUUCUUGACCCAUGGCGCAAAUUCUAGAGGGCACUGAGCCGGUGGAUCUUGCCAAGCAUCCGUCUGGGAUCAUUCCGACCUUACAGAACAUUGUCUCGACCGUGAACAUGGAUUGUAAACUAGAUCUGAAAACCAUUGCUCUUCACGCGAGGAAUGCCGAGUAUAACCCCAAGCGUUUCGCAGCCGUGAUCAUGAGAAUAAGGGAGCCCAAGACGACAGCGCUGAUUUUUGCGUCGGGAAAGAUGGUUUGCACUGGAGCCAAGAGCGAACAACAAUCAAAGCUCGCAGCAAGAAAGUAUGCUCGUAUCAUCCAAAAGCUGGGAUUCCCCGCACAGUUUAAAGAUUUUAAGAUCCAGAACAUUGUUGGCUCCUGCGACGUUAAGUUCCCGAUCAGAUUGGAGGGCCUGGCGUACGCUCACGGUCACUUCUCAAGCUACGAACCAGAGCUGUUCCCCGGAUUGAUCUACCGAAUGAAGCAGCCUAAGAUCGUGCUCCUGAUCUUCGUCUCUGGAAAGAUUGUGCUUACUGGUGCAAAGGUCCGGGAUGAGAUCUACGAAGCAUUCGAGAACAUCUACCCGGUGCUGACCGAGUUUAGAAAGAUGCAGCAAUGACAAUUCUAAAACUUCCAGGGUCAUCGAAUCAACUUCCAAGAUCAUCGAAUUGCAACUUAUAGGACACGACGGACGCUGUAAAGGAAAGAAACGUCGAGAGGGAAACGAUGCUUUACUGGGAGAGAAUGUUUCUCAACAAAGCCUUUUAAUUAUUCACUUUUAUCCAACCAUGGAAUAAUUUUUGUUCGCUCA